AUUGUCUGUAGGAGCGAUUGGUUGUUGGAACGAUUAGACAGCGUUUUUUAUAAUGCCUUUGAAUGUUUGUGGGCUAAAAUUACAACUCCCAACUCAAGCUUUUAUGUGGCUGCUGUUUAUCAUCCUCCAGAUCCGCCAUAUUGUCCUGAUGAUUUAUUGGAACAUCUAACAAAUAGUUGUGAUCAUUUAUUGACUGGUAAUCCUAACAGCAACCUUAUAAUUUGUGGUGACCUCAAUCAGCUAGAUUACAAUGAUUUUCUUACACAACUAAAUUUAUUCCAGAUGGUAAAUACACCGACAAGAAAGAACAAAAUUUUGGAUGUUUUGAUUACUAACGUCCCACAUUUUUUGGAGGAAAGUAUCGGUCACUCAAGGACUAGUUCGAUCUGA